ACAAGACCGUUUUGAGUCUACUCUUUGGUUUGCUUCCUCGCCAAACCUAGCGACAACAGCCACAUUUUGCUUCCCCUCCUCCUCCUCCUCUCCUCGUCAUCCAUCUCUCUCUGAAACAGUCUAUCGUCCUCAAUCAGCGAUGCAACACGGAGAUUACACCUCCGCUCCAUAUUACCAAUACCCUCCGCUUCAAAACCCUAACCCUAACCCUAUUCCUAACCCCACCGAUCCCCACCAGAACCCCUACGCCUCUGCACCACCUUUUACCACCUCCGAUUACUCGCUUUAUUCCCAAUCUUACCCUCCGUAUUCUCUGAAUCCCGAUCCUGCCCCUCCCACCGCUCCUUCCUAUACCCCUCCUCCAAUCUCCAACCCUAAUUUGCAAACCUUCAAUCCCACACCUCAACCACCUUCUUUCCCUCCCUUUGAGACCCAUGCGCCCUAUCAACCGCCACCUCAGCAGCAAUCGUAUCAUCCGCCAUACGAUCAGAAUCAAUCGGCUCCCAGUUAUGCCACUUUGCCACCGACAAUUCCCGCAAUCCCUAACCAUAAUUCCAAUCCCUCUUCUCCUUAUUCGUCCGCUUACUCAGGCCCGUUUUCUCAACCUCCCUCCUCAGUCCCGCCUGUAUAUGAAAAUCCCUACGAAAGUUCUGUGAAAUUCGAGCACGGCGGUGUUGGGGGUUCCUAUUUAGAUGAUAGGUACGGGAGCUACAACCGGACCCGAUCCGAUUUGGGAUCGGAUCUAUAUGGAAAGCGCUAUGAUUCAGGUCGCGAUGAAGCGUACGGCGACGGUGUUUAUGCUUACCAAGGUGACAAGGUGGAGCCAUACGGGGCUCGUGGCACAGCACCCAAGUCUUCAAGCUCGUCUUUAUUCGAUGACUACGGCAGGUCGAUCAGUUUCCCUUCUGGGAAGAACUCAUCAGUGAGCUCCGGCAAGAUCGUGCGGGCAGUACCGAAGGCCGAUACUCAAGAAGACGCGAAGAGUGGGGUGCUUAAGUUCCGGGUCAAGCUGUUGGCUGAAAGUGGAGGACAGAGCACCAUGGAUGUUCUUUGUCAGAUUGGUUUGGAUGGUAUUCGUAUGCUUGAUCCUGCUACUAGUCGGACAUUGAGAAUAUAUCCCCUCGAGACCGUUACAAGAUGUGAAGUAACUGAUUCAUCUACAUUUGCAUUUUGGUCAAAGAGCUCUGUCGAUAUUGAGCCAAGACGUAUUAGAUUGCAGUCAAAUAGUUACACCACCAACACCCUUUUGGAUACAGUGACUGCUGCGACUGUACAGCUUAAGGAAAUGGGUGGAAGAAUCAAGCCAACUGAAUCUUUAAAGCCAAAUGAACAGUCUGCAGAGAGAAAGAAAGGAUUAACUGAUUGGAUGAACAUUAUAAAACCGGGAAACGAGGAGAAAGAUCAUUGGGUCCCUGAUGAAGCAGUUACAAAAUGUACAGCAUGUGGGACAGAUUUUGGGGCAUUUAUCCGUAAGCAUCACUGCCGGAACUGUGGAGAUAUUUUCUGUGACAAGUGUACCCAUGGCAGAAUUGCAUUAACUGCUGAUGAGAAUGCUCCGCAGGUUCGAGUUUGUGACCGAUGCUUGGCUGAAGUGACUCAGAGGCUGAGUAAUGCUAAGGAAGUAUCUAGUAAACCUGCAGGAUUGCAGAGUCACGAGGAUCUUGCCAAGAAGCUUCAGGAGGAGAUGGAAAAGAAUCGCAAGGAAUCCUCAGGUUCAAAGUCUGAUGGAUCUGGAAGGCGGAUGAGAGAGGUUGCCUGUCCUACAUGCACGGUCCACUUGCAGGUUCAAGUUCCCAGCUCAGGUUCGGAGACCAUCGAAUGUGGGGUUUGCCAGAAUCCAUUUCUUGUGAGUGCUCAUUGAUUUAAAACAGAUUUUUAUGACAGCACUCAAUUGUUCUCUUUGAAGUUGCUGGUUAUUUUAUUGGUCUGGGUAUGUUUCCUAAUAAUUUGGAAUAGCUUUUACUGUGUCAUUGUCUUUCUGGUUUGUUGUUGACCGGAUGGCUGUUGCUUUCUGUUGUUUAGCGUGUAUAUGAAGUAUUUAUUUGAGAGCCCCAUCAACUGGGUCAUGCCUUUAUGUAAAUUGAUGUUUAUAUAAUUACGCCUUUUACGUCAAAUACAUGAUGUGAAAUUGGCCCUUGUGUAUAUGAAAUGGCUCAUCAACGCAGUUAGUUUCAA